AUGAUUAUUGACUAUGGCCACUUUGGUGAUGCAAUAACAUUUGAUACAACGUAUAGCACAAAUAGAGAUGCAAGGCCACUUGGUGUAUUUUUGGGACUCAAUCAACAUAGAGAGACUGUUGUAUUUGGAGCUACUUUAUUAUUUGAUGAAACAAUUGAGUCUUUUGUAUGGUUAUUUGAGACCUUUCUAGAAACAAUGUCUGGAAAUAAGCCAAUUACUAUUUUCACUGAUCAAGAUGCAGCAAUGUUAGCUGCUAUCAAGGAAGUAAUGCCUGAAACGUAUCAUGCGUUGUGUAGUUGGCACAUGUGGCAGAAUGCUAAUAGGCACUUGGGCUAUUUACUUAAAGGUGGGUCCCGAUUUAAUAAAGACUUUUUAGCAUAUGUCUAUGAGUAUAAUGAUGAAAAUGACUUUCUAUCUACUUGGAAUAUCAUGUUGGAAAAAUACGAUGCUCGUGAUAAUAAAUGGCUACUGGAUAUAUUUAAAUUAAAGGAGAAAUGGGCCCAAGCAUAUGUAAAGAUGACCUUCAUGGCAGGAAUGAGGACUACACAACUAAUUGAGAGAUUCAAUUGUGACUUGAAGGAUUGCUUGCUUGUCAAUCAAAAACGUGAUAAAGAGUUAGAAGCAGAAUACAACUCUAGACAAAAAUUACCAAGAUUGAUUCUCAAGAGCUCACCUAUUUUGAAUCAAGUAACAAAAUUGUACACGCCUAAGGUGUUUGAGUUAUUUCAAAAUGAAGUUGAAGAGGUACCGCCACUCUCCAUUAUCGACCACAAUGCAAGUCAAGCAACACACACAUAUGUUGUUGGAGUUUUCAAUGGACAUGGAGAAUACAAAAUUAUGUGGAAUCCAUUAGAUCAAACUUUGUCUUGCAGUUGUAGAAAGUUUGAGACAUUUGACAUUUUGUGUCGACAUGCUCUAAAAAUUCUUGAUGUAUUGGAUAUCAAGUUGAUUCCUGACAGAUAUAUUACAAAGAGAUGGAAAAGAGACGCAAAAGAUGAGAAUGCAAAACAUUUCAUAAAGAAGGACAUUGAGUCAAAUAUUCUAUUAGAAUAUGCAGAUAGGUAUCGAGCUUUGUGUCCUAAAUAUAUUCAAUUGGUGAAUGAGGCAUGUGAAACUGAAGAAGGCUUUAAUAUUCGAAACACAAUUGUUGGAGAUUUGAAGAAAAGACUUUGUGAUGCAAAGAAUUGCCAAGGUAAUGGAAAAGAAGAUAAUAUUAGGCUUUCAGCUAAUAUUGUGGACAAAGAAGAUGAAUCAUAUGUUUCAGUCACGGGUACAGAAGCACAUGGUUGCAUGGCACAAAAGAGUAAUGAUGAUAUCACAUAUGCUCAUGUUCCUAACUUUAUCCAAACAUCUAAGGAUCUCAGUGGUCUCAUGAAUGAAGGAACAUGGUGGAAGGUCUAG